AUGCUGGAAAGGACGGCCGCCACCCUGGAAUAUCGCACAAUCCAGCGCGUACUUUCGAAACCCGGCCGAUCAUCCGAACGUCUCAGACAGCUCCACACUGGAUUCUGGCAGCAUGGAGCCUCGGCAAUCGAGCUUUCCAGCACAUGGCCGGCCUCAAUCAGAGCUUUGCAAAGGGAGGAGGAAGCUGUUGACCCUGCGGCGCCAUCACCACAAACCGGACUUUUAGCUUCUGCAUUCUUACUCGACUUCUUGUACCCAGGAGGAGCCCGUGCCUUGCUGCGACGAUUCUACCCCAGAAUGCCGCGACCGCAAGAUGGCGCCCGGCCGGAUGGAGUCUCGCAAACGCGGAACCUCUUCUCCCAUUCGGUUGCCACCGAGGCAGACGCUCCUGUCUUGUUCCGUUGUGGUGACGGUGCAAGUCGGAGAGGUGAUCAAGUCAGACAAUAUGCCACGCAGAGUACGCAAAGCCCAUCGCACGAGCAGUUGGGCUCAGCCGUAGAGCGAAACCCCAGCGUUCCCGAACCUCAACAGCACAGCUCGGCAACUGACGACGGACACUCUCCAUCGAGCCGCGGAGCCGGCAUUGGGAUAUUGAAAGAUCUUCUUUCCAGACCACAGGAGAGGUCCUACCACGACGUGUGGGAUCUGUAUUGCAGACUGGACGGAGAACAGAAGCAGGCCAUGCGCGCUGCAGUGACUGUCUACUUGUCAACAUCGAGCAACAUAGUCGAGACGGGUCGAGCUCUGUCGUUGCUUCGCCAAACCCCAGUUGAUCAAUGGGACGAUGAUUUGCAGGCCGCUGGCGUGCUGUUGCACCUGCGUGCUGGAAACAAGCCGGCCGCAAUCGAGCAGCUUACCACAGGGCUUACCCUCAGGCUUUCGAGAGCGGGACUCGAAAUUUUGCUGCAAGACGCUCUUCAGAACAAAGACUGGCCAGCACUGCUGAAAAUCUGGCUUGGCUAUCAUUCAAUUCUGGGACCAAAGACGGACUCGAUACCUGAGCCGCAGAUAAACGAGCGUUACUGGACCGCUAACAUUCCAGAUCUUGCCAAUCUGUACUUCGCGUUUGAACGGUACCUGGAGGCGGAAACGGUUGAACCUGUGCGGGCAAUCAACUUGUACGCAGAUACGAGACUGGGCCUGGAGGCACUUCGCCGCUGGCUGGCGGAACAAGCAUUACGACAACCUUGCUCGCCGAGGCAAGCGAGAGCAAUCCUUCGAAUCUGGAACAACCAAGGACUAUUUCAACAGUAUCUGGAUCGAAUGCUGAGACGAUGGAAGGAAGGCUCCGAAACAAGAGCAGGACUUGCCAUUCUGUCCGACAUAUAUUCGGACUAUGGGAAGCUCGAUGAUACCAAAACGCCUGUGUCACUGCUGCAGAAGCUGUUUGAGUUUUAUUAUCCUGCUAAUGCUGCAGGGCUCACCCAAGUGUAUCGCGACUGGCACCAGGCAUGGGGCGACCUCGAUCAGUGGGGCUACGAGAAGUUUCUCAAAUUCUAUUCCGCCACCGGAGAUGUCCAGGCGGUGAAGGAUCUAUGGGCGCGGUAUACGCAAAAGUUCCCAAACGUCCUGACGAUGCCAAUGGGUUUCCGAAGUACCUUGAACCUGUACGCGCAGAUUGGCGACGUUGCUGGGGCUGAACAAGAAUUCCGAACCAUGACGGACAAGUACGGCAUCAGACCCGACAUUGAUAGUUGGAACAGUCUUCUGAAAUGCUACACCAAAACGGACGACCAAGCACGCGCUGUUGAGUGUUUCGAGCAGAUCCAAAAGGUCAGCCACCCCGACUCGUUCACGUAUGCCCAGGUAAUGGCCAUGGCGGCCAAAAGGGGGGACAUGCCAACCGUUCUGGGCUACUUUGACCAAGCCCAGAGACAAGGCGUCCUCCUCUCAAAGGAAAUGGCUCUGUCUCUGGUGAUGGUAUGCUGUCACAACGAUCGUUUGGUCGACGCCGAAAGGAUCUGCGCCGAGUUUUCGGAGCGCAACACCACCAGCACCCUGGUGUGGAACCAGCUGAUCUACUUUUACGGGUUGAAAGGCAACCUGGACAAGUGCCAGGAACUGCUGAUGACCAUGAAGAAGUAUGGCCUGGAGUGGGACAACCAGACGCACGAGUUCUUGCUCCAGGCCAUGGUUCACGUGGAUCAGAUACAGCCGGCCUAUCGCCUGCUUCAGAAAGCGCGGGAAAACGGAAUGUUCCCGGUCGGUCCGGAGCACUUCGCCGUCGUCAUGUCAGGCGCUGUUCGCGCGGGACAGCUGAGCCUGGCAGAGGCGGUCAUGACUCAGAUGCGCUGGCUUGGCCUGGCAGUCCCCUUCAAGGCCCACGUCUCCUAUGUCGAGGCCGCCGUCCGCCGCAGCCCGUCGGCAGAAAGAACAGAGGCGCUGGCCAAGGAUCUCGUGGACCAUCUGCUGGCCAUGCUCCCGUCCCAACGGCCCCGGCAAGCGGCAUCCGGCGCCGAUCCGCCGGCCUGGACGGCGCCCGGCGGGUUGGUGGAGCUGAAAAAGCAGACCAAGCACGUCGGCCGCGCCGUCUUCCUGCUUGUCGAGCUGCGCGCUUUCCAGACGGUCGAGCAGCUGGUGACGGCCUACAUGGAAGCGUUCCCGGAAUACAAGGAGCGCAACACGCUCCCGCCGGAGAUCGCCUCGGCCCUGAUGCUGGGCUACCUCAAGGACGGGAGAUUCGACCGAGUUCGCGAGAUGUGGGAGCAGGCCGUGGAUGCCGCGCUCGCCACCUGCGCCAGCCCGGAAGGAACCAUCUACCCUGCCCACCAGUACGAGCUGGCGCGGCCGCUCAACGUGGUCGCAAAGGCGUUCAGGGAGACCAACGACGGCCGCGGCCUGCUCGCGGCGGUCGAGCAGGUCACCAGCGCCGGGUUCAGGCUCACAAACACCAACUGGAACCUCGCGAUCCGGUACCUGACCGAGAUGGGCCUCUGGGAACCAGCCAUGGAGUGGUGCGAGGAGAAGCUGAUGCCCCGCUGGGGCGGGUGGGCGCCGGCGACCGAGUCCCCCGAGGAACGGCGGGACCUCAAGAACACGCGCGUGCUCAAGGCCUCCAAGGCGACGGUGCUCGGCCUGCAGCGGCAGUGGCUCAAGCUGCGCAAACUGGCCGCCUGGUCGGCGGACGUGUCGGCCAAGCUGCUGGACAUUGAGCAGCGGCACCCCGCGCUGCACCAGGCCUUCACGACCACCGACUACGAGCUGCUGCCCGCCGCGCUGGUCUCCCCCAAGAGGAGGAGCAUGACCAAGGCCAUCAGGGACAUGCUGAAGCCCCUGUCGCACGACGAGCUGCGGGCCACCAAGAAGGCGCUCCAGAGGCAGCUGCGCGUGGAGCGGCGGGGAAAGACGGGCGCCCCGUCCUCGCGGACCGCCGCGAGGCGCGAGAGCCGGCAGACGCUGCGGGCCAAGGGCUCGCCGAACGAAGAAGCCCUCCCCGAGAAGAAGCCUGCGACCGAGGCGCAGGACACCGCAGGACAGACGAGCCAGCCAGCCUAUCGGGUCAAGGACUCGCGGAACGAAGAGGCCGGUCCCGAGAAGAAGCCCGCGACCGAGGCGCAGGAUACCGCAGGGCGGAAGAGCCAGCAGCUGGCCCAGCUGGCCGAGAAUUCGCGCAACGAAAAGACGAUCCUCGAGAGAAAGCUUGCGGCCAAGGCUAGGCGUGCUGCGAACCGGGAGAAGCGGCGGCCGCUGCAGGACGAGGACUUGGAGACGGUCAAGAUGAUUCUCAAGAGAAAGCUUGCCGGCGCCGGGGACAUGUCGAAACGGGCAGGAGACGGGGGAGAACGGAUACGCAACGGUGACAACACGGGGGGCGGAGGACAAGCACCAGGUCAUCCGGGGGGCACGUAG